GUGAUAAUGAAGUGGACAGGUGAGCAGCUGACAUCAGAUCCAGGUGUUACUGCUGCAGUGCAGCCGAGCUCCUCUUUGUACAUGGUUUGUUUUUGUCUGGUCAUGUUGGCGUUUGUAUGGCUUCUCUGGAGGUUGUUUCAUGUUACACUUGGAGGUCCGGUUCUUCGUCCGACUUGGUCAGAGGAGAAGAAGUCAGCGAUGAACGGCGUCCCCAGCCAUUCCUUCUACCGCCUGCCAGUUUUCCUGCACGCGCCAACGCAGCUCGUCCCACAAGAGCUGUUCCGACCUUCUCCCAACAGAGGGCCUCUCCCCGCCGGGCUCACGGGGCUGCUCGUUCCCCCGUUGCGGCAACAUCACAGCGUCCCAGAUAAAGUGGCGCGCGCUGUGGAGGCUUGGUGCGGCACCGAGAUGGUUUCUGUGCGCGUCGACCGCAUCCUGCUGCGUGCUUGGAGCGUGCCAUCCCUGUUCCAGAUAGGCUCGUGCACACCCAGCGCAGUCACCCCCCGGUACCUGUACUUCCAUUUCGGAAUGUUGGAAUGUGGCGGACAUGUUCAGGUUGGUGGUGGUCAGCUGGUGUAUUCUUACCUGUUGAACUACACUCCUCCCCCACAAGGCUUUGUCAUCAGAGUUUCUCCAAUCAACCUUCCCAUCCACUGCUAUUAUAAUAGGUUUCAUUACUCUUACAAAGUUGGUUUUAGACCCCAAGUUCAACACACAACUUUUCUCAAGAGUCUCAAGAGUAAACUAACUUUCAGCCUCACUGUCUGUAAUGCCCAGUGGGAGCCGCUUUCCCCAGGUCACACCUUCUUUUUAGGGGAGCAAGUCUAUUUUUUGGCUCGGGCAGGAACUUUGUUGGCUGGGGAGAGGCUUUAUGUGGAUUCAUGCAGAGCUACAAGUUCAGAAGACCCAAGCAGCUUACCUAGCGUGGAUAUUAUUACCAACUAUGGCUGCAUGACUGAUGGCAGAAGGGAGGGCAGCAAUUCUCAGUUCCUGUCAGGAGGUGGCAGUGUGAAGUUCUCAGUGGAUGCCUUCCUCUUUACAGGAGUCUUGCAAGUGCAGUACCUCCACUGUACACUUUCAGUUGGUUUGACAACUUCAAACAUCGCAAAAUCCUGCAACUUCAACAAGGCCACAGUCAGGUGGGAAGAACUGACGGCUCCGCCUUCAAUGUGUUCCUGCUGUGAUUCUGUGUGCACAAACACAGAUGUGUGUAAGUUCACAGAUUGUGAAUUAUGAGAAUAUAUCCAACAGCUACCAUUUACAAAAUCUGUGAAGAGCUACGUCAGAAGUUCAGGUUGGAUUGUUGAAAAAAACUGGGAGAAGCCUACAGCAAGACUAAGAUCUUUUAAAGCUGAGGAGGAAAGAGAACAUUUUGAUAAAAAAAUUACCAGU